GAUGAUUGUCUACAAGUAAAUCACUCAAUCGCAAGUUUUUGACGAUUUUUGAACUUUUUGAGAGAAAAAAAUUUUUGACUGAAAAAAAAAUUCUAAUUUUUUUUCAAAAUUUUUAAAUAAAUUAUGAAAAUCCCAACUUCAAUCGCCGAACUAAUUUCGGAAUUCUCUGGUCUUAACCGUACUCCUGCAUUCAAACCAGUCACAAAUUGCCCGGGAAAUUCUAGUUCUGGGAGAUCAAGCCCCACCGGGCAGGGAGGUCCAGAGGCCUCCCACUAUCAUGGGAAUCGGAGGCAGUCUACAGUGAUUACAGUUGGAGUGGACAAGCUUCCAACGGUCCCGUCGGCUCCAUCAACUGUCCGAAAAUCAAGUUGUGUUCAGGAGCAAAAAUUCCGUAAAAAUCGCCGCCAAUCUGCUCCGUGUAUCUCAACAAUCGCGAGCUCCACGUCACUGAAGGAGAAGCUGAGCCGUCUGAGAAGUGCCAAUAGUUCUGGUGAUGAGGAUGAUAUACAGGAGGAAGAAUCCGAAGAUUUUCAUGUCAAAUCUAGAAAACCAUCUGCUCUUUCUUAUAGGGUUGCUUAGAAAAAGUUUUGAAAAAAAAAAAUUUUUUCGAAAUUUUUGAUCCUAAAAAUUUUUUUCUUAAAAUUUUUAAUUUGUAUCAAAAUGCUUUAACUAUACUGUAAAUAAAAUAU